AUGGAGCUUCUUACUUCUGAAGAUUUCAAGAACACAAAGAUUCAACCUGAAUGGACAGCUAUGGAUUAUUUGUUAGAAGUUGUGAGAGUCGACCAGGAAAAAAUGCAAGAGCAAACCUUAAUGAAUAAGAAAAAGAAUGGUGGAUUGAAAAGGAAACGCCGAAUCCAAGAAGAAAAUAACAAGAACAAGAGACCCAUUACCUCUUAUCCACCUAAGCCAAUGAUGCCUGAAGGCUUGAAACAACAUAUUGUUGAAAACAUGGGUGGAUCAAAUUGCGUUUUGGUGAUUCAAAAACAACUGUUUUUCUCCGAUGUGAACCCUCAAGCGAGUCGAUUGUUGAUACCAUUUUCGCAAGUCGAAUCCCAUGAGUUCCUUAACGAAUCCGAGGUUGAGCGUUUGAAGAAUAAAGAAGCCAUUAAAGCUUGCUUGGUGGAACCAUCAAUGGAGGAAACUGAAAUCAACUUUAAAAUGUGGGAUAUGCGCAAAAAGUCAAUGUAUGUCGUUACGACAUCUUGGAAUUCUAUUGUAAAGAACAACCAACUCAAAGCUGAAGAUGUUGUUCAACUCUGGUCGUUCCGAGUUAACUCAACUUUAUGCUUUGCACUUCAAAAACUUUGA